AUGGCGGGGGACCUUGUGGUGGGAAUACUUUAUAACUUAUUACUACCACUGCUCCUACUGGCAGCCUCUUCAUUCCGCUACAAUGGUCUCUCAGUGGUUUAUUUCCUGUUUCUGCUCACUUUGCCACUGCUGCCGAACCCCAGCCUGGCCACCAUGAAAGGUAAAACCGGACAGUUCUUGCGGUUUAUCAUCUACACUAGUAUGACCUUCCUGACCCUCCAGUGCUUCAUGCAGAUCCCCUUCGCUUACAUCCCUCGACAUGGUAGUGGUCCCUGGGAGGACUGUCUCUACCACUUGGGCAUUGUAAGAUUCAGUUUGGUGGAUGCUGGAAAUGUUGUACGUCUCUUGGCCCCAGAUCUGGGCCUUUUGUUCUCUACCCUCUUCAUAGUGAGGCUGUGCAAAAACCUACUGCGCCCCGCUCCUCAAAUUAGUCUCCAUGACAACGGGAUCACACACCCCAACCCUGAGGAAGCGGAAACUUCAGACUCAGAGUCUGAAGCUGAAAGUGACACAGAGGGCUCAUCCUUCGACAGCUCCGAUGAGACCACGGUGCGCGUUGAGUCUGGUCCGCCUCAGUUUGUCCAGAAGCUGAUAGUAUUUGCAGCUGGACUGAGGCUGCUGUUGUCAGCCAUCAUGAACACAGCAGGGAAAGUGGUGGUGACCUUACUGCUGGGGCUGGCAGGUAUCACUCUGCCGUCACUCACCUCUGCUGUCUACUUUGGGGCAUUUCUUGGGUUGUUGUGGUGGUGGGUGUUCAGCCGUUCCAUCAGCUUGCUCAUCUUUAGCUCUCUAUGUGUGAUGAUGGCCAUCUUCAGUGCAGGACAUCUGCUGGCUCUAUAUCUGUACCAACUGCCUCUGGCCCAGAAACUCAUCCCACCAGAUGACGUCUACGCCAGGUUGUUUGGUAUGACAGGAGUCAUUCGUACAAAGAAUUCCAACCCAUACAGUCUUGGUUUGCACGCCCACGUCAGCUGGCCCGACUUUGUCAACCCUCUGGUUCUUCUGCUGAUGUAUUACACUCUAAUGGCGCUGCUGCACAAAUGGGUCCACAUCACAGAAGAGGUUUGUGAUACUGCUAUGGAGGGUGAGAGUCCAGUAGAGUCUCCAGAGGCUCCUCCCAGCUUCUCCAGAGUCCUCUAUACCUCAGGAGACAAACAGGAGCUUUUGAGCAGCACAGAUGAUGAAACUUAUCUUCCAAAUGAGCCAGCAAUAUUAAUAACAAGCUGUUCAUGGCAAGAUGUUGAAAAAAACGAUCUUGGAUCUCUAUUAGGAGGGGCAGGGUAUACAAACUGUUACCCUCCACCAGAGUAUGAAGGCGAAGACUCACCAUCACAAGAAUCAAAAGGUGAGGAACAUAUGCUGGAUAAGGGUGAGGAGGUCCAGAGUCAUGUGGAGACAGAGGGUUCACCCCCCUCCUCAGGCCCCAGUGGGUUGGUCAUCUUUGGACGAUUGGUGCAGAAACACAGCUAUGUCAGUGCCCUGAUCAUCAUGAUGGUGUGGAGCAUUACCUACAACAACUGGCUGACCUUCGCCCUGCUGGUGUGGUCCUGUAUUAUUUGGAUGAUGAGGGACCGGCGGAAGUACGCCAUGAUGUCUGCUCCCUUCCUGGCGGUUUACGGAACCGUCCUGGUGGUCCUGGGCUUCCUGAGCGGCCUGCGCCUCAGCCGGGCCGAGCUGUACCCGGGUCUGCCCAUGGACGUGAUCAUGGACUUUGACCUGAACAGCUACCACCCUGCACCCUGUGUUCACCUGGGGGCAAAGGUGUUUUACACGUUCAGCUUUUGGUUGAUGUUCCGUCAGCAGCUGAAGGAGAGACAAGAGGCUCAGAUGCUGAAGGCUGAAUCUCUAGAUGAAGUGAAAGUUAUGCCACCGGAGGAAAGUCAGCCGUCUCCACUCGUUGUGAUGUUGAUAUCAGGAGUUAAAGGGACACUUGUAAAAUACUGGAUCCUUUUCUGUUGCUCCAUGUUCUUUGUCGUCAGCUUCUCUGGAAAGGUGGUAGUCUACAAGAUCCUCUACAUCGUCCUGUUCCUCUUCUGUGUUACCCUCUACCAGACUCGUUAUGAUGUGUGGCGUCGGGUUCUGAAGAAUUUCUGGGCCGUGGUGGUCGGUUACUCCAUGGUGGUGUUGAUCGCCAUCUACAUGUACCAGUUCAGAAGUGUUUCUGGGCUGUUCAGACAGAUUAUGGGCAUGUCCGAGGAAGGCCUUCGUGAUCUUGGUUUGGAACGAUACGACACAGUGGAACUCUUUGCUCGGAUCCUGCUUCCUGCUGCGUUUCUGUUGGCUUGUAUCCUCCAGCUGCACUACUUCAACGCAGACUUCCUGACACUCACUGAUUUGGACAAUGUACCCAUACGACAGGUCUCCAGAGACGAAGAACUCAAGAGUUCCAUCGGUGUGAUAACUGAUAUCAUUAAAGAGAACAUUGAAAAGUUCAAAAAAAGGCUUGUGAAGGAGCAGAUGGGACAAGGGAAAAGUCAGGAGACUUUGGACAGUGUAGGACUACAAUCCUCCUCAGAAAAAGAUGCACAGGAGCAGGUGGAGACUGGAGAGGAAUCUGCCCCCAGUGCUCGUGAAGACCAGUGGGAUGUGAUCAUAGAUCGGGCCAGCCUGCUGCUCUUUCAUUCUCUGUCUGGACUCUGCAGACUUCAGGAGCUCUGCUGGAGACUAAUGGAGCUCCACAGCCUUAAAAUCGUGUCCUCUGGUAUCAUCUGGGUGUCACUGCAAGAGGUUUCUCUGAUGAACAUGCUCUUCCUGGUUCUGUGGGUGUUUGCACUCCCGUUUCCACGGUUACGACCUUUGGCCUCCAGCAUCUCCGCUGUGUGGGCCUGCAUCAUGGUGGUGUGCAAGAUGUUUUACCAGCUCAAAGUCAUCAAACCCCUUGACUACUCCUCCAACUGCACUCUUGAUUCGGUACCAUCCAACAGCUCAGACUUUGGUGAGCUGAGGGGAAACAUGGCAGAGCUGCUGAGGAGGUCUAUUCUCUACAUUGAGCCUGUGGACCCGGUCUACUGGUGUGGGGCUCUACGGAAGUGUGAGGGCAGGAUCCUCCCCUGUCUCAGAAACCAUCUGAUGGUUUUGGGGCUGCUGGUGUUCGAGGCCACUGUCCAUCGUCACCAGCUCUACUUUCGUCUCCAUAACGACCUGAAGGCCCCGCCCUUCAGCAUCAUCUUCCAUGGAAUCACAAGGCAACACCUGGAUCACGGCGUUCUGCCCUGCAUCAAAUACUUCAUCAAUUUCUUCUUCUACAAAUUUGGCCUGGAGAUCAGUUUAAUCGUAGCAGUCAACGUGAUUGGUCAGAGGAUGGACUUCUAUGCUCUUCUCCAUUCUUGCGCCCUAUUGGUCGUUUUGUCACGACGUCGCAGGAAGGCUAUAGGAGAGGUGUGGCCUAAAUACUGCUGCUUCACAGCGGGGCUAAUGGUGCUUCAGUACCUGCUCUGCAUUGGCAUCCCACCUGCUCUGUGUGUUGAUUACCCCUGGAGAACUGCCUUUAAACCACUAACCUCUAAUAUCAUUAAGUGGUUUUACCUUCCUGACUUCGCCAUGAGACCCAAUCCUUCAUUCAUAUUCUACGACCACCUCUUGCUGCUCUGUUCGUCCCUGCAGUGGCAGGUGUUUGAGGAGGAGAAUCGGGCAGUGGUGCGACUGUUGGCUGGAGACAACGUCGAGAUCAGUCGCAAUCUGGAUCCAUGUUCCUUUAACCAGUUCGUACCUGUCGACAACUUCCUUCACUGCAGGUGCUACCUCGAUAUGGUAAAGGUGUUUGUGUACAGUUAUUUCUUCUGGCUGGUGCUCUGCCUCAUCUUCAUCACCGGCACCACGAGGAUCAACAUCUUCUGUCUGGGUUAUCUGGUGGCCUGUUUUUACUUCAUGUUGUUUGGAGGCAGCGUGUUGAUGCAGCCUGUCAGAUACAUACUGAGGCUGUGGGACUGGCUCAUCGGAUACACCUGCUUUGUCAUCGCCAUGAAGAACCUGCUCUCUCUUGGUUCUUGCGCGUACCUGGACAGUCUGUUGAAGAACGGCUGCUGGUUAAUCCAAGCCUUUAGCAUGUUCUGCACUAUUAAAGGAUAUGAUGUCCCUGAUCCUGAUGAUAAGUGUGAGCUUCCUGAAGGCGAGGCCGGUAUCGUCUGGGAUGCGAUCUGUUUCACUGUCCUAUUGGCACAAAGGAGGGUUUUCCUCAGCUACUACUUCCUCUACGUCGUGUCUGACCUCAAGUCCUCUAAAAUACUAGCCUCAAGAGGUGCUGAGCUGUUUGAAGCGAGGGUGAAGAAGCAGGUAGCAGCCCGACUGGAGAUGGAGAAGAAAUCUGUGGAGACGCUUAAGAAACAGAUGGAGAAAAUUAAAUCUAAACAGAGGAGUCGACCUGCACCGGCAGACAAACCAGGACCUCCUGCUGAUCCAAUGCAGACUGCACAGGAUGAAGAGGAAAAAGCAAAGAGAGAUGCAGGAAAAUGGUGGAAGCCGUGGGUCUCAAAGCCUGGAGUGGAAAAUAACUGUGGGUACCAUCUGUUUGAGAGUGACAGUGAGGAGGAGGAGGAGGAAGUGACCGAGAAGAAAGAGGAGGAGCAGCCAAGGAAGAAGAAAUCUGCUUUUCAGUUGGCCUACGAGGCGUGGGUCACCAGCUCUAAAAAUGCCCUGAAGGACCUGAAAAAAGAAAAGAAAAAGAUAAAGAAAGAGGAGAAGAAGAAAGCAAAGAGAGAGUUUCAGAGACAGCAGGGCAUUGAUCGAACUGACUCAAGUGAAGAUGAACUUGAAGAAAGUACAGUGGAGGAGGAAGUGGAGGAAGAAAAAGAAAACAUUCUGCAGCGCGUCAUCAGCACCCUGAAGUUCAGUUGGGUCUUCAUUCAGUCGCUACUUGACGACUUGACGGAAGGUCUGAACUCCCUCUGUAAGGAGAACCUGGACAUAUCGAAAGUUCUGCGCUUUGAACGAGCACUACUCAACCAGCAGCAGAAGAAGGGCAAAGAGGUGAGUCAGGAGAGCGUGAAGCAGUUUUAUGAGACCUGGAUGUCCCGACAGAACACGAUGUCAUCUCAGGACGACCUGGACGACCCCUUGCCCACCCCCCCCUCACCGCCCAUCCUCCCCUCCUCACAUCACGCCUACAACAAACUGAAGAACCAGGCGUCUAGGGUCUCCUGGGGCAGCAGCGUUUCCAGCUGUAUGACAGAUGAGACGAUGCUCGGCUCUCGGCAGCCGACUCAGGAGGAGCUGGAUGAACCUCCUGCUGUGUCACCUGCUGCCGUCCAGCUCAGACGGAGGUUCAUUAAAACUCCUCACAUAGACAUGACCUCCUUUGAGACUGAUGAAGUUCCACCAAGUCUUGAAGAUGCUGCUCCUGAAGAGGGAGAGCAAAAAAAGGACGAAGAGGACGGUGAAGAACAAGAGGAGACAAAAGAAGAGGAUGAGGAGGAAGAAGCAGAGGACUGUGAAAUGAAAGAGGUAGCGUUGGAUGAGGAAACACAGCAGAGAGAAGAAGAUGAACCUGCUGAAGAUCCUGAAAGCAUCUCUUUAGGUUUCAGGGAGACUGAUGGAGACAAAAGCCUUGAUCUCCCAGAAUCCCCCAGGCCUCUGAGUCAGGAAACAAGGAACCUCACUGCCAGCGAGCUGCUUCUCAACAAUAUGUUUCAAAACGAUGAAAUCUUCGAGUCUGAGAAGUUUUUCGGGACAUUGCCGAGGCCUCUAAAACUGCUGUUUGCUCUUUACAACACCAUGGUGUCCAAGUCAGAGAUGCUGUGUUACUUUGUGAUCAUCCUGAACCACAUUGUGUCUGCGUCGUUCCUCUCCCUCAUCUUGCCGAUUCUCAUCUUCCUCUGGGCGAUGCUGUCCGUGCCUCGACCCACCAAACGCUUCUGGAUGACCGCUAUAAUCUACACAGAGUUGACAGUUGUAGUGAAGUACUUUUUCCAGUUUGGGUUUUUUCCCUGGACCACCUCCGCCUACCGCGGGAUCAACGCUGAACGACCCUUCGCUCUGCCCAACAUCAUCGGAGUGGAGAAGAAGGAUGGAUAUGUGCUGUUUGACCUCAUUCAGCUGCUUGCAUUGUUCUUCCACAGAUCUAUUCUGAAGUGCCACGGUCUGUGGGACAACAAGGAGGUGGAGAUGCCGGAUUUCUUCAAGAAAAUGAAGAAGAAAGUGGAUAAGAAGAAGACAACAGGAGGAGACAAGACGAGCAGCAAAGACAAACCUGCACGCCGGCUGAAGUUCCUCCCUCUUCAGGCGUCCACCACCUCCCUGUUCUGCAGGAAAAAGACGAGUGACUCUCAAGAGUCUGAUGAGGUGAAGUCCAAGAAGCAGCACAGUAAGAAGAGGAGACAUCAGCGACACAAAAUUCCACUGACGAGGAAGCAGAGGAUCAGACAGCAGAUCAGAGAGAGGAUGCUGCAGGCCAGAGCUGCCAUCGUAGAAGUUGCUCUUCACAUUUACUUACCCAUAAGGCAGUUUUUUUACGACAUCAUCCAUCCAGAUUACAGUCCUGUGUGUGACGUCUAUGCCCUCAUGUUUCUCAUCGAUGUUGUCAACUUCAUUGUCACCAUAUACGGAUACUGGGCCUUUGGGAAAUACUCUGCGGCGGCUGACAUCACAGAGUCGCUGUCUGAGGAUCAGGUUCCUGAGGCGUUCCUGGUGAUGCUGCUGAUGCAGUUUGGUACCAUGAUAGUGGACCGUGCCCUCUACCUCAAGAAGUCCCUGCUGGGGAAAUGUGUGUUUCAGGUGGUUUUGGUGUUUGGUAUCCACUUCUGGAUGUUCUUCAUCCUCCCUGGUGUCACAGAAAGGAGGUUCAACAGAAACCCCAUCGCUCAGCUCUGGUACUUCGUAAAGUGCAUCUACUUCGGCCUGUCUGCCUACCAGAUCAAAUGUGGCUACCCAAACCGCAUCCUGGGCAACUUCCUCACCAAGAACUACAACUACCUGAACCUCUUCCUCUUCCAAGGAUUUCGGUUGGUUCCCUUCCUGACCGAGUUGAGGGCGGUGAUGGACUGGGUUUGGACAGACACCACUCUGUCUCUGUCCAGUUGGAUCUGUGUCGAAGACAUUUACGCCAACAUAUUUAUCCUUAAAUGUUGGAGGGAGUCUGAGAAAAAAUACCCGCACCCUCCAGGGCAGAAGAAGAAAAAGGUGGUGAAAUAUGGAAUGGGAGGAUUUCUCAUCUUCGCUCUCAUCAGCAUCAUUUGGUUUCCCCUUCUCUUCAUGUCAUUGGUCCAGUCGGCAGCUGGAGUGACCAAUCAGCCGGUGGACGUGUCCAUACAGCUCAGCAUCGCAGGAUAUGAGCCUCUGUUCACUAUGACGGCCCAGGAACAGAACUUGGUUCCAUAUUCAGAGGCUGGUUUUAAUCGACUCACAAAUGUCUACGCUACCCAUCCUUCUGCCAUGCAGUUCUUAAUGAACUAUGAGGCAGAGGAUAUUAUUGUUGCAAAGAUUAAGAGUGAUGCCAGUCUGCUGUGGAGCAUCAGCCCAGCGAGUCGAGAGGCCAUGAUCCAUGAGCUCAGCAACUCCUCACACAUAUAUAUGACCUUAAGGUGGACUCUGCUCAGGAAUGCAUCCAUUUCAAUGAAUCCAGAGACAGCUGGAGAACACACUGUGAAGUAUGAGGACAAGGCCUUGAGGGAAGGGAUUGUUCAGAUGCUCAAAGGAAAUGGCACCAAACCAGUGAUCAUUCAUUCUCUGCUGCCAAAGUUCCUCAGGGGUCCAAAAGGACCUGAGUCUAAAAUGGCAACAAGGAUGCGAGUGGACAUCUCAGACCGCCCAGACCUCCACAUGCUGGCUUUCUUCAGGCCCUUGUCUGUCAAACUUCAGCAGGUUCAGGGACCAGACCAGGAGUCGGACCAGUGGUGGGUGGUGGAGGAGUGUUCCGCAGCUCAGACCUCAUCCAGAUUCAACUGUCACAGCAUAGAGAUCGUGAUUUUCAAUGAUAAAGUCAGCCCAUCCAGUCUGGGCUUCCUGGCAGGACAUGGCAUCGUAGGUCUGUACAUGUCCGUGGUUCUGGUCAUCGGAAAGUUUGUCAGGGAGUUCUUCAACGGCAUCUCCAGGUCCAUCAUGUUCGAGGAGCUGCCGUGCGUGGACCGCGUCCUGAAACUCUGCACGGACAUUUUUGUUGUAAGGGAAACCGGGGAGAUGGAGCUGGAGGAGACACUGUUUGAAAAACUAAUCUUCCUCUAUCGAUCGCCGGAGACCAUGAUCAAGAUGACGAGAGAGAAAAAAGACGACUAG